AAUCCCCAGCGUAGGGAGGAGCCUAUACCAGGAUCAGGUCACAUCAGAGUCAGCUUACGCUACAGUCGGAGAGAGUUCGAGGAUCCUUGACGGGGUGGGGUUCUUGCACUACUACUAUAUAGCUUCCACUUGAAUAAUCAAGGCACGUUGCGUCCGAGUAGUCUGAUAUCGCAAACUCCCUAUCGUCUACCAAUAUGCCCAAGAUCAAGAAUGUUGAGUACUUCCGGGUUAAACCCCGGUGGUUGAUGGUCAAGAUCACGGACGAAAACGGCGAGUUUGGAUGGGGCGAGGCGACAUUGGAAGGCCAUGACCUCGCCGUCGAGGGCUGCUUGGAAGAGAUGAUCCCGCGGUUGAUCGGACGGGAAGCGAAUGAGAUAGAAAACAUUUGGCAGACGUUCUGGAGACAUGGGUUUUAUCGUGGGGGACCUGUGUUCAUGUCGGCGCUGUCGGGUGUGGACAUUGCGUUGUGGGAUCUCAAAGGCAAAACCCUCAAGAUUCCUGUUUACGAACUUCUGGGCGGAAAAGUGCGAAAUGAGGUCCAGGUGUAUUGCUGGAUAGGAGGAGACCGACCAUCGGACGUGGAAAACGCUGCCAAAGCCCGCAUCGCGCAAGGCCUCAAGUGCGUGAAAAUGAAUGCCACGGAAGACGUAAACUGGGUAGACUCCCCCUCCGUCCUGGACGCCACCGUGGACCGCCUCAAACUCGUAAAAUCCCUCGGUCUAGAUGUCGGCCUCGACUUCCACGGCCGUCUGCACAAAGCCAUGGCCAAACAACUGGCCCACGCCCUUGAGCCCCACCGCCCCUUAUUCAUCGAGGAGCCGCUCCUCUGCGAACACCCCGAGGCCAUCAAGCAGCUGGCCGACCAGACCAAGAUCCCCAUCGCGUUUGGUGAGCGUCUGUACACGCGCUGGGACGUGAAGAGGUUUCUGCAAGAUGCUAGUGUGGAUAUACUGCAGCCGGACAUCGCCCACGCGGGCGGGAUUAGCGAGACGAAACGGAUUGCGCAGAUGGCCGAGGCGUAUGAUGUGGCAAUUGCGCCGCAUUGUCCCCUGGGGCCUGUGGCGUUUGCGGCCAGCAUGCACAUUGCCUUGACAUGUCCUAAUUUUGCGAUUUUGGAGAUGAGUCUCGGGAUGCAUUAUAAUACCGAGGCCGGAGAUGAUAUUGACCUGUUGACGUAUGUGAAAGAUCCAAGCGUCUUUGAUAUUGGGAAGGGGGGUUACGUUAAGGCACCUAAUGGGUAUGGCUUAGGGAUUGAGGUUAAUGAAGAGCUGGUGCGUCAGAUUUCUAAGGAGACGGUGCCGUGGCAGUGUAAAGUGUUUCAUGGUCCGGAUGGGAGUAUUCGGGAGUGGUAGGCGCUGAGAGUAGCAUGUUUCAGCAAAUAAAGAUAUAUGAU